AUGACCGAUUCCGCUGUACUGCAGUCUGCAGUGCGCGUGCCCACCCCUCCCCCGGGCGCUUCGUACUCUCCCCAGCCGUCGGGUUCUCGAAAACGCUCGCCGCCCUCUCGUUCACCUUCUCCAAAUCGUCGACGGUCCCCUCCCGGUGAUUCGUACAAGGAAGAUGGCGACGUUCCUCGUAUCGACCCCGAUCGUGCGAUCGAGAGAGAGCGUCAACUCGCCGAGCGCGUGCGUGAGCAUGAGAAACAAGAGGCCGCGCGCAAACCCAUGACCGAGGAGGAGAAACAGGCUGCCGCGAAGGCCGAAUACGAAAAGCUCCUGAACAUGCGAUCGGGCGGUACUUACAUCCCGCCCGCUCGUCUGCGUGCUUUGCAGGCUCAGAUCACCGACAAGUCAAGCAAGGAGUACCAGCGCAUGGCCUGGGAAGCGUUGAAGAAGUCGAUUAACGGUCUGAUUAACAAGGUUAACGUGUCGAACAUCAAGUACAUCGUUCCAGAGCUUUUCGGGGAGAACUUGGUCCGAGGACGUGGUCUCUUUUGUCGAAGCAUCAUGAAGGCGCAGGCCGCGAGUUUACCGUUCACGCCUAUCUACGCAGCCAUGGCGGCCAUCGUCAACACGAAACUGCCCCAGGUGGGCGAGCUGCUCCUCAGCAGACUCAUCGUCCAGUUCCGCAAGGCAUUCAAACGAAACGACAAGGCGGUUUGCAUCUCGUCCACGACAUUCAUUGCGCACCUGUGUAAUCAGCAAGUGGUGCACGAAAUGCUCGCCGCGCAGAUCCUCCUGCUUCUGCUACACAAGCCCACCGACGAUAGUGUCGAAAUCGCCGUCGGCCUCACGAGGGAGGUCGGACAGCACCUGGAGGAGAUGAGCGGUCCCAUCGCACUGGCAGUGUUCGACCAGUUCCGGAACAUUCUCCACGAAGCCGAUAUCGACAAGCGAGUUCAGUACAUGAUCGAGGUCUUGUUCCAGGUCCGCAAGGAUCGGUACAAAGAUAACCCGGCUAUCAAGGACGAGCUGGAUCUGGUGGAAGAGGAAGACCAGAUCACUCACCGUAUCGGCCUGGACGACGAAAUCGAGACGCAGGACAGUCUGAAUAUCUUCAAAUACGACCCGCAGUGGGAAGAACACGAGGAGGCAUACAAGCGACUGAAGGCAGAGAUCCUCGGGGAAGGGAGCGACGAUGAAGAAGAUGAGGACGAGUCGGACUAUCGACUUUGA